CUUACACAGCAAUUCUGCACAUUCCCUCCCUGUUAUCGUGAAGUCUCAACUCGUAAUCUCUCCUAAAGUCCUAACACCCAACAGUCUCUCCCUCACAAACUCUAAAUGGAAAUGGAUCCACUACCACCACUGAUCGACUUAAACGACGACGACGACGCACCUCGCUUCUUCGACCGCUACAGUUCCUCUCCAUCCUCCACCACCUCCUCCUCCUCCUCCUCCACCUCCUCACCCACCUCCUUAAACGGCGUCGUCCCUUCCUCCACCACAACCAAACGCCUCGACUACAUGCUCCAAUUCCUUGAUCGCAAGCUCUCUACCGAAACCGCCACUACCACAUCUCUCCCUGAGUUCAUUGCCAAAGGCGUUGCCUCCGCCAUCUUCAAUCCUCCGUCCCGCUACGUUCUCCACCCUGAUCGCCCGCCUUCCCUGGACCUCCGACCUCAUCCGCUUCGCGAAACUCAAAUCAACCGUUUCUUACGAACCAUAGCUUCUACGGACUCUCACUUGUUGUGCGGAAGCGAAAAUGGAACUCUUAGGGUUUGGGACUUCAAGGAUUUGUACGAAGCUGGAAACGAAGAUGAGGAGGAAGAUACGGCGCCGUUUUUGGACUCUUCCUCUUCCUCUUCCUCUUCGGCUAGUUCAACUCUGUGUUUGGUUGCGGAUUUAGGGACUGGAGUGGUGUGGAGUGGACACAAAGAUGGGAAAAUCGGGUGCUGGAAGAUGGCGAAUACGAAUACGAAGAGUCCUUUUAAGGAAGCGUUGUCUUGGCAGACGAAUCGCGGGCCGGUGCUUUCCAUGAUUGUUACGUGUUAUGGGGAUCUGUGGUCGGGUUUUGAAGGUGGUGGUAUUAUAAUAUGGCCAUGGGAAGCUAUUGAAAAAUCUCUCUCUGUGACGAAUGAAGAAAGGCCCAUUGCUGUUCAUUUAGUGGAGAGAUCGUACAUUGACCUGCGGAGCCAACUCACUGCCAAUGGUUUCGGUUCAGAUGUUAAGUACUUGUUAUCUGAUAAUUCUAAAGCAAAAGUUUGGAGUGCUGGUUAUCUGUCGUUUGCACUAUGGGAUGCUCGGACAAGGGAGUUACUGAAAAUUUUUAAUACUGAUGGUCAGAUUGAGAAUCGAAUGGACUUUCCUUCAGUACAGGACUUAUCAAUGGAAUAUGCCUCUAGCUCAAAGAAAGAAAAAAUUCAGAGUUCCUUUGGUUUCUUUCAGCGCUCACGUAAUGCUAUUAUGGGAGCUGCAGAUGCUGUGCGUCGAGUUGCAGCGAAGGGAGCCUUUGGAGAUGACAAUCGGAGAACUGAAGCAAUGGUAUUGACUGUAGAUGGAAUAAUUUGGACAGGGUGUACAAGUGGCUUGCUUGUGCAGUGGGAUGGCAAUGGCAAUCGCAUACAAGAGUUUCAGCAUCAUGCUUUUGCUGUUCAAUGUUUUUGUACAUUUGGGUCGCGAAUAUGGGUAGGUUAUGCCAGUGGAAUUGUACAGGUAAUGGACCUUGAUGGUAAUUUUAUUGGAGAGUGGGUUGCUCACAACAGUCCGGUGAUAGGAAUGACUGUUGGAGCGGGCUAUAUUUUCACCUUGGCUAAUCAUGGUGGCAUACGUGGAUGGAACAUCACAUCUCCAGGACCACUGGACAGCAUAUUGCGUUCAGAAUUGGCUGGCAAAGAAUUUGUAUAUACAAGGAUAGAAAAUGUGAAAAUAUUGACUGGUACUUGGAAUGUCGGGCAAGGAAGAGCGUCUCAUGAUUCACUUGUAUCUUGGCUAGGAUCUGUGACCUCAGAUGUUGGGGUCAUUGUUGUUGGGUUGCAAGAAGUUGAAAUGGGUGCUGGAGUUCUUGCAAUGUCUGCAGCUAAAGAGACUGUAGGACUUGACGGGAGUUCUGUCGGGCAGUGGUGGCUGGAUAUGAUAGGCAAAACGUUAGAUGAAGGAUCAACGUUUGAACGUGUUGGUUCUAGGCAGCUGGCAGGCUUGCUCAUUUCUGUCUGGGUUAGAAACAAUAUUAGAGCUUAUGUUGGUGACGUUGAUGCUGCAGCAGUUCCUUGUGGCUUUGGGCGUGCAAUUGGUAAUAAGGGAGCUGUUGGUUUGAGGCUAAGAGUGUAUGAUCGGGUAGUGUGCUUUGUUAACUGUCACUUUGCUGCACAUUUAGAAGCAGUUAAUCGUCGCAAUGCAGACUUUGAUCAUGUAUAUCGAACAAUGACGUUCUCCCGACCAACCAACCUUUUCAAUGCUGCAGCUGGUACGGUUCUGUACCUGUUCUUCUUUUGCUCGCUUGCCUUCUCAAUGUAUUUAGUCUCGCUUGUUUAUAGAUCUGGCUUGCCAUUGGUCCUUUCUGUUGCAGCUGGUUCUUCUUCUGUUCAAAUGCUUCGCGGUACCAAUGCUAUUGGCACACACACUGCAGAAGGGAUGCCUGAAUUAUCUGACGCGGACUUGGUCAUAUUUCUCGGUGAUUUCAAUUAUCGGCUUGAUGGUAUCUCUUAUGAUGAAGCAAGGGACUUUAUCUCUCAAAGAUGCUUUGAUUGGCUUAGAGAAAGGGAUCAGCUUCGGACAGAAAUGGAAGCUGGUAAUGUCUUCCAAGGAAUGCGUGAAGCAGUCAUUACAUUUCCUCCCACAUACAAGUUCGAAAGACACCAAGCUGGUCUUGCAGGGUAUGAUUCUGGUGAAAAGAAGCGCAUUCCUGCCUGGUGUGACAGAAUUUUAUACCGUGAUAGCCGCUCAGCUUUGGUAUCUGAGUGCAGCUUGGAGUGUCCUGUAGUCUCUUCAAUAUCAAGGUAUGAAGCUUGUAUGGAUGUGACAGACAGUGAUCACAAGCCUGUCCGCUGCAUAUUUACUGUUGAUAUCGCUCGAGUUGAUGAGUCAAUAAGGAGACAAGAGCUUGGUGAAAUUCUUGGAUCAAAUGAGAAAAUCAAAUAUGUUCUUGAAGAACUAUGCAAAAUCCCGGAAACUAUUAUCAGUACAAACAACAUAAUCCUUCAAAACCAGGACACAUCCAUUUUGCGUAUUACAAAUAAGUGUGGGAAAAGCGACGCUUUCUUUGAAAUAAUUUGUGAAGGUGAGUCUUCCAUUAAGGAAGAUGGACAAGCAUCGGAUCAUUGUCCAAGAGGUUCCUUUGGCUAUCCACGAUGGCUUGAGGUCACUCCAGCAGCUGGCAUAAUCAGACCUAAUCAUAUUGCAGAGGUGUCAGUUCAUCAUGAUGAAUUCUUAACUCUGGAAGAGUUUGUUGAUGGUGUCCCACAAAACUCGUGGUGUGAAGACAACAGAGACAAGGAAGUUAUAUUGGUGGUUAAGGUGCGGGGCAGGUAUACGAUGGAGACAAGAAAUCACCGUGUUCGCGUGCGCCAUUGUGUUGCAGCUAAGAUAAAAUGGAGUGACCCUGAACUGAUCAGCACUAGGCAAAUCCAAGGAACUGUUCUCCACCGGUCUGAUAUUCAAAGCCUUAGCAGUUCCUAUGACGUGGUUGACCACCUCCGGAAUCUGCAUAGCCCUUAAAGCAUCUCUGUUAACAUGAAUUGUCAAUGGAGAAAACAAGGCAUUGGAUGGCCAAUUCAAUUAGCCUAAAGGGAUCCUCCUGUGUCUACAUAGUCCAGUCAUACAAGCAUCUUGAUGUAAAUACUUGAGGUCCUUGGUUACCUUUUCAUUCUCUAAGUUUUCUUUUUUCCAGUUGAUUUGUGUCUAUAGAAUUUUCAUCUAGUUCAUCUGGUGCCAAUUCUUUUGAACUUUCAUGAGUUUUUUGUGCAAGGUCUCAUUCCAACCUGUGAUAUUUUGGACUGAUUUUCUGUUUUCAAGUGUACAGCUAAUACAUUGAGCAGCAGGAGAGGGUGAAUUUUUAUUUGACCUCCUGUUUAUAAGUGAACCUAUUUAUUGUGUGAAAUAUGAACAGUAUCCAUCAUCAAUUAGAUCAAGGAGCAGAUUCUGCAGUGAGUUUCCAUA